AUGCAUCACUUAACACAGAGUGGGAAUCACCAUCAAAUGGAACUCGGCACAUCGCAACUACGCAUCAUCGAGCCAAAAAAUAAAUUUCACCUCCUCAUGAGUAAAUCCACAUUUGUUUGUACAAAGAAAGAGCGACCUCCGAGUCCCGAGCGUAGACCAAAGCGCCCCAAGGUCAACCCACAUGAAGUCCGAUAUCCUCUGGUGAGAGUCACUAGGGAGAGGAAGCUCACAGACGAGAGAGGAUACUGGGAGUGUCGCACAAAGACAUUCAGGAAUGGGAGGUUUCACACCACUAGGAAUUGGGUUGCUGAGUGA